AGGUAAAAUGGACUUCCAUUAUAAAGAUGUUGGAUUUUUUUAAAAAACUUUUCACUUUCUCAUCUCCUGCAGGUGUUCUAGUGGUAAAUGUGACCUGGCGAAAUAAAACAUAUGUCGGGACACUUCUGGACUGCACUAAACAUGACUGGGCACCCCCACGGUUUUGUGAGUCACCCACAAGUGACUUUGAAAUGCGAGCAAGCCGAGGUCGAGGGAAAAGGGCGCGGUCCGUGGCUAAUGCUCCAAUGAAUGAAGCCAGUUUUACCGAGUCCAGGGGCAUGCAGAGCAAGAACCGAGGUGGGGCGAAUGGGAAAGGACGACGGGGAAGUCUUAACACGAGUGGACGUAGGACACCCCCCAACUGUACCAUGGAGGAUGUGAAAACGAGCCCUUCCCCCAUUACCAAAAGGAAGAACAAGCCGCCCAUGGACCUGGACCUCAACUCCAGCUCUGAGGACACCAAGUCCGGGAAGCGGGUCCGCACAAAUUCAAGAAGCACUCCGACCACGCCACAGGGGAAGCCCGAAACUGCUUUUGUGGAUCAAGGUUGCUCUUCUCCAGUGUUAAUUGACUGUCCCCAUCCAAACUGUAGUAAGAAAUACAAGCACAUUAAUGGUUUGCGAUACCACCAGGCUCACGCACAUUUAGAUCCUGAGAAUAAAUUGGAAUUUGAGCCGGACAUUGAAGACAAAAUGUCAGACUGUGAAGAGGCUUUGAGUAACGUGGCAAUUGGUGUUGAACCUGCUGAGCCAGGAAACGGCACGUUGCUUUCUGGGGGUGGAUUAAGUUACGAUCCGAUGAAAGCUCCUCCGUCACCUAUCACUAGCACCCCAGGGACACCAAAGGUCCGUAAAGACUUGGCUAAUGCUGCUCAGAGCCCAAUAGUCAACUCUAAAUCUGGGAAGAAUGCUAGUAAAAGGAAAGGUCUCAACAAUGACCUCAAUAAUCUUCCUGUGAUUUCUAAUAUGACUGCAGCUUUGGAGAGUUGCUCAGUUCCUGACGGUGGGUCUGCUUCAGAAAUGCCCAAACUUGAAGUGGAAGGGGUGAUAGACAAGAAAAACGUGGGUGACAAAGAAAAGGGAAAGAAGAGCAACAAUGGAAAAGUGGAUAAAACGUUAUCAAAGCCUAAAACAACAAGACCGAUUGCCCCUGCCCCUCCCCCACCACAGUUGAUCGCUAUUCCCACAGCCACAUUCACAACCACCACUGCAGGAACAAUACCAGGGCUACCCUCUCUGACUACGACAGUUGUCCAGGCAACACCAAAGAGCCCACCACUGAAACCUAUUCAACCAAAGCCUACAAUUAUGGGAGAGCCUAGCGCGGUAAACCCAGCUCUGUCCUCCCUCAAGGAUAAAAAGAAGAAAGAGAAGCGAAAGCUGAAAGACAAAGAAGGCAAAGAGACAGUAAGCCCCAAGAUGGACUCUAAGCUCGGGAAACCUGAGGAUUUAAAGGCUUCCGCGAAAGAGCUGACUGCACAUUUUUUAAAAGAGCAUCUCAAUAAAAAUGAAGUGCUUGUGAAUGGUUUAUGUGACUCUCAGGAGAGCAGAAUGGCCAGCAUAAAAGCCGAAGCUGAUAAGGUUUACACAUUCACAGACAAUGCACCCAGCCCUUCUAUUGGGAGUGCCUGUAGGCUGGACUGCAGCAGUCUGGUUAAUGGACAAUCUCCCAUGACACCACUGCAUGUUUUAACACAAAAUGGUGGCGAUGGGACCACUACCAAAACAAACAGCCCGGCUUACUCGGACAUUUCUGACGCUGCUGAUGAUGGUGGCUCUGACAGCAGGUCAGAGGGCGCAAGGUCAAAGACUAAUUCCCCCGCAGAUACAAUUUCCUCCAAGGAGACUAUUGUAAAAACUCAUUCCUCAGCCUCUUCUCAGCCAGCACAAAGUAAAGAGACUCAUUCACCUUUUUACCAUGGUUACGAACCUUACUAUUCUCCUAAUUACAUGAACCCUAGUCAGGUCAGUAGUGCCGCGACUGGAAAUCCUUCUUCAGCCCAGAGCACCAAAGUGAAAAAAGAGGCAGAUGAAGAGACUGAGAAAAAGGAUAAGGUGGAAGUUUUGGAUGUUAAAAAAAGUGACACAAGUGCAGUAAAUGCUCAUGCUCAGCAUCAAUCUGUUAUUACGCAGAGACAUCCAGCACUUGCUCAGUCACUGUAUUACGGACAAUAUGCAUAUGGCUUAUGUUACGUUGACCAGAAGUCGAUCAUGACAAAUCCUUCUUACAGGCAACAUUAUGAAAAGUUUUACGAGGAGCAGCGGUUUGCAGAGCAGAAACUGCAGCAGUUGAGUCGAGAUAAUGAAAGAAAAGGUGAAGGGCAGCAGAAGGAUCUGGGAAAAGACGAAUUAAAACAGAAAAAUAUUCCGACUGCUACAAUCUCAAAAGCCCCUUCUACCCCCGAGCCAAACAAAAGUAGCGCAAAAGCUAAGGAUUCCUUCUUGCUGUCAGAUUCCUCAAAACCUGGUAUCACUAGCAAAGCAGAUGAGCUUGGGAAAUCACACGUUCAGUCUGUGCAGCAGCAACAACUGACAAUUGAUGGGUUUAAAGCCAAGCAAAUGGAGAAUCACCAGCUCAUCAAGGAGGCGGUGGAAAUGAAAUCUGUGAUGGACUCUAUGAAGCAGACAGGAGUGGACCCCACCAUCCGCUUUAAACAGGAACCAGAUACCCGGGCAUGGCACCAUUAUGUUUACCAGCCAAAGUACAUGGAACAGCAAAAAAUGGAUGAUUUUGAACGAGAGAAAAAGCAGAAAGAAGACAGUCCAAUUAAGGCAUCCAGCAAAGAGGGAAAUGUAUCUAAUAUUCCUACGGGAGUAACUAACAUAAAAGAGGAGCCAAAAGAUGCCAAACGGGCUGAAUCGCAGUCUCUCUCACUGGAGGAACAUAAAAAUAAAACUGAUGAUCGUAAGACUCCUGUCAUUGCAAAGGAGUCUCGAGGAGCUCGUGUUGCUGUCUCAUCACCAAUGAAUCAGCAUCAAUCUUACAUUCAAUACCUGCAUGCUUAUAAUCCUUAUUCACAAAUGUAUGACCCAGCUUAUCGAGCAGUGUCUCCGGUGCUAAUGCAUAGCUACCCAGGGGCAUACCUCUCUCCCGGCUUUCACUACCCUGUCUAUGGGAAGAUGUCCAGCCGAGAGGAAACGGAGAAAUCAAGCACAAGCCCCAAUGUAAACACUAAACCAGCAGCUGAAUCCAAGGCUCUCGACCUGCUUCAGCAGCAUGCCAAUCAGUAUCGCACCAAGUCUCCUGGGCCUGCCGAAAAAGCUGCACCUGAACGUGAAAGAGAAGCUGAGCGAGAGAGAGAACGCCAUUCACCUUUUGCACAGCGGCAUGUGCACACCCAUCACCACACGCAUGUUGGAAUGGGUUACCCUCUAAUACCAGGCCAAUAUGACCCAUAUCAAGGGCUGGCAUCGGCUGCCAUCGUUGCCGGUCAGCAGGUGGCCGCGCAGGCUUCUGCAUCCGCCAUUUUCCCUGCUCAGAGAAGGGAAUGAUGGCAUCAUGAGUGUAUAUUGAAUCAUAGUCAUGUGACUGGAUCACAUGAAGAAAAGGUUUAUACAGACAUCAGUUCCAUGGUGUUGAUUUCAAAUGCCUUGAUGUCAGGCGAAACCAGUCAUUUCAUAUUUGUAAAUUGCAAAUUUUAUAACUGAGUUACAAAUGUUGCUGUAAUUAAACUUUUGUUUAAAUAUAUUCUUUUUGGUUUUUUUUUGUAUUGGUAACCAGGCUCACAAAUGCAGGGUCAGUUAUUGUUGGCAGUUGUCACUGUACUUUACGGUUUCCUGAAAAUGUUAGCAACAAAAAAGAUGACAAUUGCUUGGUUUUGUAGAGCAUACUGUUCUGGGUAGGUGUUCCUUUGAACUGGUUGUGGCAUUUAGACCCUCAGAGAGGCUAAUUGUGACAGUAACACUUUGGUACAGUGUUUACGUGUACUUGGUGACCCCUUGAAAACACUUAGACACUAUUUAAAUGCGUCUGUGUGCUAACUGUAUUCACAUGUCCACUGCAUUGUUGUUUAUUGUGAAGGUUUUACAUGCAGAGGGCUCUGAGGGUUAUAAGAAUGCCCAUUGUGAUUGUGUGUGCGCGCGCGUGUGUGUGAGUGUAUAUAAUGUACAGGUUUGAAAUGGAAAAUAAUGAGCAUCUGUGAAUAUAAAAUGUCUUUAUGAUAUUGAAUGGCUGAUUACCCCAUAGCCUACAUAAUCUCUUCCACCCGCCCAUACAAGAAGACAUCUGUGAUUGUUUAUUACUUGAACUAGUUCAGCAGUUUUAAAUGUUUACAAUUAUCCAGAUUUAGGAAGAACUUGCGCAGUUGCCUGGUUACUUGUUUUAUGCUGUAAUCUAGUUUAUUUUAUGUAAAGUGUAUAUUGAAUGCUUUCAUUUUUUAUACUUGCCUUAAAUAAUUCGGCAAUCAGAAUAAAAAAAAAUGUUUUUGUA